AGUAGAGAUUUCCCAUGAGCUGUCACAGAUCUGUCACAGGGACUGAGGGACUGAGGGACUGAGGCCAAGAGAGCCAUAAAGAGUUUGCAAAGGAUUUAGACUAUCGAGAAGCUGAGUUGCCUGCUGCAAGGGAGCAGGAAGGAAGGGCCAUCUUGACAUCAGAGCUUGGUGAACUUUACCUGCCCCAAUGCAGUUUCCCAUGGGCCCUGCUUGCAUCUUCCUGAGAAAAGGCAUUGCUGAGAAGCAGCGGGAGAGACCACUGGGACAGGAUGAGAUUGAUGAGCUCCGGGAAGCAUUUCUUGAAUUUGACAAGGACCGAGAUGGGUUCAUUUCUUACAAGGAUUUGGGCAAUCUCAUGAGAACAAUGGGUUACAUGCCUACAGAGAUGGAGUUGACUGAGUUGGGCCAGCAAAUCCGAAUGAACCUUGGUGGCCGUGUAGAUUUUGAAGACUUUGUGGAACUGAUGACCCCCAAAUUGCUUGCAGAAACAGCAGGGAUGAUCGGUGUCCAGGAGAUGCGAGAUGCCUUCAAGGAGUUUGAUGCCAAUGGAGAUGGGGAGAUCACACUGGCAGAGCUGCAGCAGGCCAUGCAGAGGCUGCUGGGGGAGAAGCUCACACCCCGGGAGAUUGCUGAGGUAGUACAGGAGGCUGAUAUCAAUGGAGAUGGCACUGUUGAUUUUGAAGAGUUUGUGAAGAUGAUGUCUCGUUGAAGAGGUAAUGGAAGCUCCAGACACCUGCUGGCUUGUCAACAUGGGCUGAACACUUGUAAAGCACUGGAUGUCCAGAAUAUCUUAAAGGAUGGAGGGUAGGAGUGAGCUUGCCACUGUAUGGACUGGUUUGCAACUACAAACAGUUGUUUUGCUUUUUGGGAUCAGAGGCAUACAUAGAAGCAAAUUUAGAAGGAAGGCUCUGUAUAUAAAUCUAAAUUAUAUUAGGAUCCAGUGCCACUCAAAUAUUCCAGAGGACAUGGCAUCAUUUCAUAAUCUGUUUCCACUAGAUUCUCCUUCCAUGACUCCCUUGGUUAAAAGAUGUUGUGGGAACUUUUUCACAGUCUUGAAGGAAGAAAAGAAAGCCUUCAAAAAGUUAUACACAUAGCUUACCUUUCCCCUGGCUACUCUGACAACAACCCAGUUUUCUUCUCUUGAUAAGAGAGUGUCUCACUAGUCACAGGGUUAUAAUGGGCAUCCUGAUAAGUCUCAGGAAGAGGCAUUUAAGGUUGUAUUUUUCCAAUUUCCCCAAAACAGUCUGUCAUCUCCUGCUACCUCCCCACCCUCCAUGUAAAUACCCAUGUCCCUGCCCUAGUGUGAGAUACUCAGGGGAACUGAGCUAAACCACAAAUCUGGAUUAUCAAGGUUUAGGGAAAGCUGAUCCCUCUGAGUAUUUAAUCCCCUGCAAAAUGAGAGAGAGAAGUGGGGGAGGAUUCCCCAAAUCCUUAGCCCAACCAAGUGACUGUAACUCAUUCCUGGAAGGCCUCUGCCCCUAUGUUGAUCUACUCCAAGCUUUUCCAGGCCUGUCUCUACCAUAGGUAGUUCAUGAACUUCAUCCUUCAUGUACCAUCAUGAAUCUGAAUCCUUCAGUUACUUUAUCACUCAGGAUAAAAAAUUCAUGUCAUAUCUUUCUUCAAGCAUUUU